UGGUGGGGAGGACGGUGCUCCUGGGCGGUCGGGCUCCGGGAGGCCGCUGUCCGUAGUGUGAUGCGCCGAGCGGGGAGACCCUCGUGAGGCCCGGACCCUUGGCCCAUCCACCCGAGUUGGCCCCAGAACUUAAGCCCCCGGCACGGGGAGCCUGCUGAGCACGGGCCGAGGCCCUGGGCGCGUGGAGUGGAGAAACUCAAGGGUCCGCCUCCCAGGGGAGCGAGACAACCGGCAAAGAAGCCAGUGUUCCCUGGGACCUGGCCUGCCCGGAUCCCGGCCCUGAGAAAACCCCUCCUCCGAGCCCCCCAGGCCCUCAGCCUGUACUCAGUUCUGCCCUGCGCUGAGCUCGGGAAGUUCUCAGAGAACUCAGACGCAGACCCCGCAUUCCCUGUCUUGGGGCGCGAUCCUCGUCUCCCCGCGGCGUGUCCCACUCACCACAGGCGUUCCCGCGAUUCCAGGGGAUGGGGUUGCAAGUUUAGGAAGCCGGAGUCUGGUUUGAACUCCAGCUUUGACUGCAACGUACUGUAUGACGGGCACAUUCUCUCCCCGCUCCGGUCCUGCCAGCUCUAAAGCAGACACCACUGACGUUUACUUCGUGUCCCCUUUCCUGGAGUUGUGCCUUCAUUUUGGGAGUCACGCGAGACCCAGAGGAAUGGAGAUCUUGCCUGUGUUUGACCUGGUGCCGGGCACUCAGAGCCACUCCUGGUCUGCCUGGCCUGGUCCUCGCCAGCCACUGAGCCACUGAGCAGAGCCGUGCCUGGGGGGAGCAGUUGCGACCAAGAACCUUCUCCAGCGGUCGGCCCCCCAGCCGUCCAGCACAGGCGCCCAGCAGCCAGGGAGGUGUGGCGUGGCUGGGGGACACAUGGCUGAGGCAGGGGACGGCCAGCACUUCCUCGGCUCCGGGGGCGACGCUCUGUCUCCUGACCUCGUCUGCCUCAGCGACUCGGACUCCGACCUCAGCCUGCUCGAUGAUGCUGGAGUGGAAGCUCUGUCUCCAGGGGGGCCGCCCGGGGAGGCCCUGGGGGAUUCGGGCCCCGUUAAGCUCCCCUCGCCCCCCAGGAGCUUCCCCACAGCGGCGGUGCAGCCCUUCCACCUGAGAGGCACGAGCCCCACCUUCUCCCAGCGCAGCCACGACAUCUUUGGCGGCCUGGAGCGGGCAGCCAGGCGGGCUCCGCCCUCUGCGGCCCCAGCAGUCCCUGGUGACAGUGGGGGCUUCCGGCAGCCACUGACACUCUCCAGCCGGCCUCCAGCCGGGGCCCCGAGCAGGGCCACUCGGAAUCCCGCUCCCCCGAGGGUGCCCCCCGUUCCUGACUACGUGGCCCACCCUGAGCGCUGGACCAAGUACAGCCUGGAGGACGUGGCUGAGGUCAGCAAACAGAGCAACCGGGCCGCCGCCCUGGCCUUCCUGGGCCCCCAGAGCCUGGCCGCCCCCAGCGACUACGUGCCCUCCUUCAACCAGGACCCCUCCAGCUGUGGGGAGGGCCGGCUCAUCUUCACCAAACCGGUCCGAACCGGCGAGGCCCGGCUUGAGAAGAGGAGGGUCCCGAGGAAGGCAGGGGAGCCGGGUGGGAGCACCCGCGGGAUCCCGGGAGCGGCAGGGGGCGAGGGCCCCGUGGAGCUGGCCCACCUGGCCAGGCCCGGGAGCCCGGAGGCUGAGGAGUGGAGCAGACCUCGGGGGGGCCUGCAGGAGGUGGGUGCACCUGAGGGGGAGACCCACGCGGGGUCUGGGGCCAGCAUCCUGCCAGGGGAGACGGUGGGCUUCCACAGCAGCAAGAAGCGGAGCAGGGACCACUUCCGGAGCAAGGGCAGCAGCCCCGAGGCCCCAGGCGCGGAGGUCUGAGUGGGGGGACUGCCUGGCCGCCUGCCUGCCCUGGCUGAGCUGGAGGGACGGCCACCACUGUCCCCCUGGUGUGGCUUCAGGGGCGGAGCAGGCCCGGGGCCCCACCCCCAGGGAAGGGAGCCAGCGGGCUGCCUGUCGGUGGCACCAGCGGCCAGGGCAGAGACCUUGCUGAGGGUGUGGGCCCGGGGAUGGCAGAAGCCCUGACCCACCCUGUGCCCAGGGGGACAGUAAAGGCUCUGGGUGUU